AGCAUACAGUAGAAAACUGUGUGUGUGUGUGUGUGUGUGUGUGUGUGUGUGUGUGAGAGAGAGAGAGAGAGAGAGAGAGAGAGAGAGAGUGUUUCUAGUGUGCUUAUGACAUCCUCAGUUUCCAAUGCGGAGCUUAGUUAAAAGAGCAUGUGUUAGCAACUCCCAAUAGUUGGAGACCUCUGGCAAAGAGUGAGACAGAGGGAGGGAGCAUUAGCAGUCUUGACUAAAGUAGUGAGUGCAGUGUUCUGGGCAUGGAAUGACGCACGUAUUUUGCUGGAUCAGAAAUGCGGAAGAAUUAGAAGCCUCUAAGUGUCAACUAGUCUUGGUUUAAAGAGCAAAGCAGCAUAGCUACGAAGCUGUUAUCUGUGUGGUGCUGGUAAGAUAUACAUUCUUUGACUUCUUUCUUUCUCGCUCGCUCGUUUUCUUCCCUUCCUCCCUACCAUUUUCCUCCUCUCAAGGCCUACAUAGCACAAGGCUUUUUGACAGGGAUCAAGGGGGAAACAAUUUGUUUGGCCUUUGGUUAGCCUACAGAUUUUCUUUUUCUUUAAUUUUUUUUAAAAUCCUUUUUUGUUUUACGUUUAGUCUGAAGCAAAAAGAUUGUAUCUAGUCAGAGUUGAAAUGCUCUUUUCUUGUCUCUAUGUGUGUGUGUGUAUGAAUACACACGCAGUCUAUGUAUGUACAUUUUUGAGUAAACAAGAGUAAAAGUCCAUUUCAGCUGGCCUGAAGAUAUGAGGCCUUGGAGAGACUAUCUGUUUCCACAACGGCCCCAAGUUCCUGUUACAUUACAUGUUGCUCUCUGCUGAUGGCAGUUGAUAAUUGGUAGCCACAGUCUGUGGUCUGAGCGCAGCAUUUUGUCUAGCACCUGGGCUGGGCCCUGCUGAUAUACAGUGGAGUGAGAGAGACACACACACACACAGACAGAAAAUAAGCUAGCUGUAACUGUGCAACUCUGAGUGAGCGGCCUCAAGGGGAUAUUGCCUCACUGCAUGGAACUUACCUGAGGCUGACUGGUGAUGCUGUGUGUGCUGGGGGGUUCACAGAGAGGCUUGAAUCCCUUUUCCAGAGGACACGAUUAUGUCCAGUGAACAGCGUAACAGUACAGCGUUGAAGGAUGCUCAGUUAAAAGACCUGUUGUUGGAAAAAGCUGAACUGGAGUUUGUUCAGAUAAUCAUUAUAAUCGUGGUGAUAACUGUUAUGGUGAUAGUGAUCAUCUGCCUUUUGAACCAUUACAAACUCUCAACACGUUCUUUCAUCAACCGACAGAGCCAAAACAGGAGGCAGGAAGAAACUUUGCAGCCGGAAGGGUGCUUGUGGCCUUCAGACAGCUCAGUGUCACGACAAGGUGCUUCAGAGAUCAUGUAUGCCCCAAGGUCCAGGGACAGGUUUACCGCUCCAUCAUUCAUGCAGCGGGACCGUUUCAGUCGCUUCCAGCCAACCUACCCUUACAUGCAGCACGAGAUUGACCUUCCUCCAACCAUCUCCCUCUCUGAUGGAGAAGAGCCACCACCAUACCAAGGGCCAUGCACGCUGCAGCUCCGGGACCCAGAACAGCAGAUGGAACUCAAUCGAGAGUCUGUCAGGGCACCACCCAACAGAACCAUUUUUGACAGUGACUUGAUAGACAUUUCAACAUACAAUGGGGGCCCAUGCCCACCAAGCAGCAAUUCGGGCAUAAGUGCAACCAACUAUAGCAGUAAUGGAAGGAUGGAAGGACCACCCCCAACAUACAGUGAGGUCAUGGGUAAUUACCCAGGCUCCUCUUUUUUCCAUCACCAGCACAAUAAUGCGCCUCCUUCAUCACAGAGGGGGAGCAGACUUCAGUUUCAGCAGAACAAUUCAGAGAGCACAAUAGUCCCUAUUAAAGGCAAAGACAGGAAACCAGGAAACCUUGUCUAAGUUAUUUUCCCAGGUGCACUUGAACUGAAGACAAGAGAAUCAAACAGGAAUGUGGAGGAAAAUUCCCACAUUCCUGUGCACAAUGUUGUUAAGUUACACGUGGUACAAUGUAGUAAAACCAAACGUGCAAACCAGUUCGUUCUGAUUCAUUUCAGAGGAAUUGCAUGCAAAGUGGAUUGAGAUAAUACAAACUUCCAUUCAGUUUGGCCAUGAGCAGUGUUUUGAGGGAAAAUAUAUAUUAUUUUUUUUAAAUAAACUAUUUGAAUUAUUUAAUUCUAAAAGGAAACUUAGCACAGAAAUUAGGCUUGUACAGCCUGUUUUAUAUUAACUGAAUGGCAGAAAAAAGAAAAUGAGAAGAAAGUUUUGCUAGGUAAAUGGGGGAAGAAUCGGCCAGUUUGCUUUUUUCUCCCAAGGUGUGGAAUUUUUUUUAUAUGAAUCAAAAUUCCUGUUUUGUGUGCCAAGGUGUAAAGUUGAGAAAUUAGAUGAAUGCAAGGAGUUAAUUUGUGUUGUGAAAAAUGUGUUUUAAAAAGUUGCACUAUCUUAAUGUUUUAAAAAAUAUAUAUAUGAGGGAACUGUUUUACGUGAAGUUCUUCUAUAUGUUGUCUUUUCAAAACCUGUGGAAUAAUGAUUAGACCCCAGGAGUAAUCUGGAGGAGUUUGCCCCAUCUGGUAUUUGUCACUGAAAGGGGAUUGUUGAAUUUAGCCUAACACCUAUUGAUUUACAUAAUCAGGCAAUACAGGGACACUUAACGUUAUUAUCUUUGCAGUAAUUUGCAUUAAAAUAACAGUACAUCAAUGAAGUGUCUUGGAGACUUUUGGAUGGAAGUAAGCAAACAUGAAAUUCCAGCAUUUCACAUCACUUAGGUUAUUAUACAGUUUAGGCCAUUUGUUUCAUUAAAAGUAAAACAAAAUCCCAGAUAUACUAAUUUAUAUUAAUUAUUAACAAAGCACUGUAAUUUCUUUCCUCCUUUUCACAAUGCAGUAUCGUUAAUACUUAAGGUUUUAGAGAUGUUGUCUUCAGUGUAGCCUAUAUUUAGUCACAUAUCCUGACAUUAUGCAAUAAAUUGUUUAAAAAUGCAAGGUGGUUCUGUCCCAUCCCCCCCAGAAUGCAGUUAAAAUAUGUGACUCUUUCUUGUGCAUUUACUGUCCAAUUUCUAUUUAAAUUCUGUACUGGAGAAUUUUACGCUAAUCCUGUUUACGCAAAUGAACAUCAGUAACCAUACCCAUAUCAGUUUCUGCAACACAUGUGAUACUUUUUACAGUGCUAGUGAUAUUGGCAAUGGUUUCUGCGGCAUUAGAAAGCCAUUAGAAGUGACUUGGUAGCCCUGGUUAAUCUCACUAUAAGCCAUUAGCCUUUUCGUAUGGGCCUGAUCCCACAAAUCCUUACUCAUGCACAUAAUCCCAUUGAGCCCAAUGGGGCUAGGCACAUGGGUAAAGAUUACUCACGUGCGUGUGUGUGUGUAGGAUCUGGCCCUAUUUUUGUAAUUCUGGUCUUAAAGUAAUUGGAAGAUAUGUGUCUGCCUGACGAAUGUUGCUUAGGGUUUUGCUUUCUUUCCAUGGUUAGCUUCUGUGCCGAAGCUAAUGUAAGAUUUGGAAGUCAAUUGAACAAUAGUGACUUCAAGAGCACACAGAAAUAGCACAACAUGCACUUAAAAUGCAUUUUGGAAAUGGACUUUAAAAGAAAAAAAGAAUCUUUAGAGUCUUAGUUGUAAUAUUCCUAAUAUAUAUAUGUAGUAGAAUUUUCACUGUAAGGUCUCACUUUUUCUAUGGUCUUAAGCCUAGUGCUUUGUUAACAGCAGCAACCAACAAGUGCAUCAAAUGCACUGCAGAAAAGUACUGUACUGUACAGCACCUGUUCCGAUUGCUGGAGAUUGGAUUUCUGUGUGACUUCUACAUACUACAGGGCUUGAUUGAAACAUUGAUUACUGAAGUGAAUCUUUGAUCUAUGCAGAGUUUUAAUGCCAAAACAGCGUGUGUGUAUGCAUGUGUGUGUUCAUUUUAUGGGUCUCUGUAUAGAUAACUUCCUUAGUGAGGUGACUUUGUACUAUUCUAGCUUGAUGACUAUUGGAAUAACUAUAUUCUGAACAGACAGCCCCAUUUAUAACUGAUCAGAAUCUGAAUUGUCCCUGGUAAUGCAAAGUGAACCCUUUUUAUUUAUGUAGCUAUAUUUGAGGGGAGAAGUAGGAGACUGGAUUUAGCACAGACCCUAGCACAGAUGUUUAUGGGAUGACUGACUAGCUGUCUGUCGAUUAUAGCUCUUGCCUUUUAUAGUUUCUGGGAGUAAUACAUCUUGGAAUUAGGAAUUUACAGACGACCUGUGGGUUUAGGCCAGAGGCAGUAUCCACAAUUUAAGUCACUUCAGUGAGUUUGUUGCUAUUAAAGGUGAGCAGAAAUAUGUUGUUGCCUAGAUCAGGAUUAUUCAGCCCUGAGGCAUCUAGGUCAGAGAACAAAUGGAAAUCAAUUGUCAUUCUGUCAGGGAACCACUGGGCCAGGAGAAGGGCAGGUGAACAGUCCUGGGCAUUGGACCAGUUUGAAUACAAGCUGUCCCACUGCUCUGCAGAUCUCAUUAAGGCCACAUCUACUGACUUCAAAGCCACCUCUUGGGAACGUAUCUUCUUUGAGGAUAACUCUUUACCAUCUUUCCACCUAGUGUCCCAGUGUGUUGGUAUAACUCCCAUUUACAUUGAUAGAUGUGAUGCAUCCACAUACAGAAGAAAACACCUACCAAAGUGGUCUGUUAGGUUUCCUUGAACUAGGGUUACAAACGCUGCAGAAGAAGUAACACAUUUUCUCAACUCUGCAAAAAGCGAUUUUUAGACUUCAUUCUGAUUAUAUCUUAAUGAAUGUUAGUAAUCUCUGAGGUGGAUUCUGCCAUUAUGCCAUUCUGCCAAACUAUUAAAUUGAUAUAUGUUGUACAGAUUAUCACAUGGGUAAAACUCCACAUACAUGGUUCAUUUUUGUGUGUGUGUCCAUGUACGUAUAUUAUAUAUAAAAUACACACAAAUAUACCACAUAUGUAGAGGUUUUUAUCCUCUGACUGCCUUACUUGCCCUCUGCCCAAUAACCUAUCAUCCCCAAGAUUUAUUCAAAUACUCCAUAUUUCUGAGCAACUUCAAACAGCUGUUACUUUAAAAAAAGUAAUCUGUCAGAAAUAGAUAUUCCCUCCUCCUCCUCCUCUCUCCACCUCAAAUGUAGAAUUCCUCCUCAAAAUUAUCCUGUUCCAAGGCCCAGGCUGGACAAGUUUCAGCUGUUGGACUGGUGUCAGCUUUUCUAGUUAGAAAAAUGUCUAAUCUUCAGUGUACGUUGCCUGGUGGUCUUACAGGGCUAGGAAAGGAAGAGGGGAUUACAAACUUCCCAGUGGGAUACAUAUCACUUACUUCUAGCCCUGGAAUUACAGAAAAAUCUCUCAAGCCUAUUUUUAGAGGUUUUCCUGGCUCCUUCUGAGCACGGCGCAGUUGGCCUCCUGGUAUGUGAGGCACCUGACUUUAAGGUAUGAAUGAGAGAUGAAAAAUAGUCCCAAUAAAGAUGUUAAAAGCUCUCUCAAGUAUUUUUAAGAUAGCAUUUCUGUAAGAUGUAUGGCAUAUAGAGAAUACAUGAUACUGUGAUGUGAUAGGAAGGUUUGGUCAUCAUUAGUUUGGGAUGAUUUCCAUACACCCUACUCAUGGCUUUGUCAUUCAUGAGCAAUGCAUCUAACUCAAACUCAUGCUGAUAACAUUUUACCAUACUGUUGUUCACUCUCUGUAUGUGAGAAAACACGCACACGUUCUAUGUAUGCAGUCAUUAUCAACAGAAUAACUUCUUUUCUUUUUGUUUCUUCAACCAUGGAAUUAAUUGGAACCGUGCAAUUAAUUGCAUUUAUUUUGCACCUUUGUCCUCAUUUUCAUUCUGCCCACUAAUCCAUCCCAGUUGGAGCUACUUCUGAUGUUCCAAAUCUCAAUACUACUAGUGUCAAAUGAAAAAGAGCCUGCCACUAAAAUUUUUCCCAUAACUGUGGCUUGGGUGAAAACGGGGAUUGAAAUUACACUGCUGCAAGAAUAGCACAAUUCACUAGGAAAAAAGCUUUAGCCCAGUGAAGAACUCAAAGUGCAGGCUUUCUAGUGUUCUCCUGUAGGAAGCAUUCAUUUCUAGCCCUGACAGAGAGUGCGUCCUUGAACCUUAAAACUGACACUUGCAUUUGUGAGAAAUGUUUGAAGGUUUUAAAAAUGUUUUAUAACUAACAUGUCUCUGACUCUGAGGCCUGCACACUCAUGGUAACUAAGGCAACCUGGCUUUACAGGCAAGGACUACAAGAAAAUAGUGCCAAUCAAAAUACACACACUCUAAAAUUGUUCUUAAAAAUCUUUUAAGCAGGAGGAAUAAACAAAACACCUGCUGUUGUGUUCAAAAGGAUUAAUUGGGAUUUGGAUAUUUGGGAUUUUCCCAGAAACUCUCAUAGCUGCCCUGCCCGGGACUCAUGCCAUACGUGACCAUUGUGUGUGUGUGUGUGUGUGUGUGUGUGUGUGUGUGUGUGUGUGUUUGCCAACACAAACGUGCACACCUUCUCUCUAUCUGUUCUAGUUAUCCAGAUAUUAGUUAUUAUUCUAUAACCAACUUCCAGGGAUGCUGCAUGGGUUUAUUUUAUGUCAUAAGUCAGUUUAAAAUGUCUCUUUACUGCUAUAGUAAACUAUUUUGAAUCCUGCUGUUGAACAUGGCUCUGUUACAUGCCUGGGCAGUGACAGGUAACCACACAAAAGGUUGAAAGUGUGAGGAGCACCUGCUCUCUUCCCUUGCCCUUUGAAUAAUGUACAGUACCCUGCUUCAACCAGUUGCUCAGGUUCCCAACUCUGACAUGGGGCACUGGUGCAUCUUCCAUCCAACAGCUCUCCUCUUUAGGAUGCUUUUGACAGCAGUCCUCAUAUCUUGGGGACUGCCCUGCAGGAGACCGCUUGUACUGAGGUACUGCAGUGAAACAGAUUUUUAGAACUACAGAAGCACAUCGUCUCUAAUAAGCCUAUGUGGUACUAACAAGGGACCCACGUUUGAGAGUUGGCUCAGAUGAAGCUUUGCUUUAGGUUACUUUUGUUUUCUGUUUCAUUUAAGGGUUGUUAUAAGAAUCUUGUGAAAUAUGGUUGGCCUUUUCCAUUGUGUUCAGGGGAACACACAUGCCCCAAAACUAACUCCAGAUGUCUCACUUUUGUUUUAACCCCCUCCCUCUCCCAAGGAGGAACUGUCAUAGAAUUGUUUAACAUCUAUAGAGGCCCUUAUAGCAGCAUUUCACAUGUAAAAAACCCUUGUGGGGAUUUGUCUGAGUUACAUCAUUUCAACUUUCAGAGUUUUGUUUUAAUUUCUCUUUACUUGCUACGUUUCCUUUUUAAAUUACAAUUUACACUUCUCGUUAUGGGGUCCCACUUUAAAAUCCAGACCAAGGCCCACCUACGAAUGUUGGGUCAGGCCUGGUCUGGACUUAGCAGUUUUGCUGGCAUAGCAGUGUUGCUCGGGAUGUGAUCCCCACCCCCUUGACUAACGUAGGUAUGUCGGCAAAAGCCCAAAUGUACAUACAGUUAAACAAAUGGCACAAAAGUCCUUUUGCUAGUCUAGCAUACUCCAUUCGGGGAACUGGUAUAAGUUGCAUCUCCACCACUGGGGAUUUGCCAGUAUAUCGGUAUUCGCAAAAAGAAAAGGAGUACUUGUGGCGCCUUAGAGACUAACAAAUUUAUUUGAGCGUAAGCUUUCGUGAGCUACAGCUCACUUCAUCGGAUGCAUACAGUGGGGAGAUUUAUAUACAAAGAGAACAUGAAACAAUGGGUGUUACCAUACACACUGUAACGAGAGUGAUCACUUAAGGUGAGAUAUUACCAGCAGGAGAGCGGGGGGGAGGGGUGGGAGGGUGGGGAGGAGAAGGGGGACCUUUUGUAGUGAUGAUCAAGUAGUGGGCCAUUUCCAGCAGUUGAGCAAACCCUUCCAUGUGUAAGCAAGGCUCCGUAUAGAUGAAGUGCUUUAUCCAAAUAGUAAAUAGCAUCAAUACAAAAUGUAGAAGCCGAUUAAUGCUUUGUAAAUCAGCCACAAAUAUUUUGCUUUAAUACAUUUAAAGGCCACUAACACCUCAUUUGCAAUCAUGCACUCUACAUUUCUCUGCUCCCAAAGCAAAGCAGGGAAGGUUGAGCUUGGUUUGUACUGAAAAUGUCAAAAACUCUCCUUCUGGCUGUACUUCUGCCUUGGCAUAUUUUGUGUUACAUCUUUAGAAUAAAUACAAGCAAAGCUAGCAUCGCUUUAAUGCUAAAAUAUUUUACCUUUUUGUGUUUAAAAUGGAGAGAAACAAACAAAAAUACUUCCCCGUCCCCUCCUCCAAGAAACCCCGCCCUGCGUGUGAUUUACUGCCAGAGAUGACUGUGUCUCAUUUCUUUGCUAAAUUGCUGCUGCUUUAAAUGGGUUGGUAUGUGAGUUUUCUGAUACCCCGCGGUAUGUGUUCAGAUCUCGUGGGUGACAAGGCUGUCUUUUUCUUCAUUCUUUCUCUCUUCAGUUUGUGCUUGUCCGUCUGCUGUGGUAGGGGUAUUAAUAAAUAAAUAUAUACAUAUAUAUUAGAUAUAAUUUUGAGGAGGUUUGCAUGUUAGCAGUUUGUAAGCAACUGAGGGGCCUCAUGUUCAGGUCUGAGCAGAUAGGAAUCCGCUUGCACUCUAGGGGCCGGAUCUGAAGCUCAUUGAAGUCAAUGGAAAGACUCCUAUUGAUUUCAGUGGACUUUGGCUCAAGUCCUAUGCUCCCACCUUUGUUGUGCCUCACUUAAAAUGGUGCUUCUUCAGUUGUCUGUCUCUUCUUCUGAGUUUUAUUUGUAAGGUGCUGUAUAUAACUUGAACAUAUUAUGCACAUAUCCUACCCAAUGGGUAGAACAAACAAACAAAAAAAGACAUUGUUAAUACUGUAAGAUAAUGUAUAGAUGAUACCAAUUUUAACACAAAAAAUGGCAUCCAAUUUGUGAAUGCCUACUUACGUGCUAGGUCCUCUUUUGUAAGAGAAUUUGCAAAUGUAUGCAUACAAAUGACAAAAAGUCUAUGUAUUUUAUUUUCCUAUUAAAUAUCAAUAUAAUAUCAUAAGGGAAAAGCAGAGUUUGAACAAAUCACUUUUGACCAGCUUGUAUAUAGCAACUGGUUGUUUGAUGCAUCUUUGUGCUGAAGAUCAUUCUUUUUGUGUGUGUCACUUAAAGGAAAAAGAAAAACAAAACAAACAAACCUUCACAGCUUUAACUUUUCAACUAGAUACUUCUCUUCUUUUUUGUCAUCUUGUUUUUGCUGAGCUGAACCAGUAUUAGCUACUUCUUCUCCAGCAGAUAUUUUAUUUAUACCCUCAGUUACCUUAUUUACCUAAAAAUGAGUUAAAAGCCUAGAACCUUUUUAUCCAAACCCUAUAACACUGUAUGGGCCUUGUCUAAAUUGAGACUUGGAUGGAAACUGACCCUGCAAAUAUCAAAAGUAGGCCAACAGAGUUUUUCAAAAACAAAAACAGUCCUUGUGUUGCACCUAUAUAUGAUACACAACCCUCCCAUUCUAUACUGUGAAGGCUUGUCUGCAUUCAGGAUUCAGCAAUCAAUGUAGCUGCAGUGGUACAAACCUCAGGUAUAAUAGACAAGGAAAGCUGUAAUUUACGCUGUUUGAUCUUACCCCUGAUUGAAAGGAGAGCAUAUUGAAGUGAUUCAAUAUUCAACUUUCCUUGUUCACACUGAGGUUUGCAGCACUGCUGGACCAGUGAUAGCUGAACUGGGGCUAAUACUGAGUACAGACAAGGCCUAAACACAUCCAAGCCCAGUGAGCAGUGGUGUAAAGCCAGGUCUACACUUAAAACUUUUGCAAAUAUAAUGAUGUCUAUUCGGCGUGUGACUUAUUUUAUUUUUUAUGACAUUUUAUACCAGCAAAAGCCCAAGUGUAGACACAGUUAUAAAGGCAUAAAAGGCCUUUUGCUGGUAUACAUUUUGUCUUUCAGGAAAUUGAUAUAAGCUUUUGCCAGCAUAACCUUCGUCUACACUAGGAGGGUUUGCUGAUAUGGUUAUAUCUGUAUGGCAAACCAUUUUUCAUGUAGACAAGACCUAAGCUUUUGAUUUUGAGGAUGGGAUGGGAAUCAGUUUAUUUUUAAGGCUGACGAGCAAGAAAAGCCUUUUGUAGUUUGGCCGGCGCUUUGUUGUGCAUGGCAAGGCCCUCUCGACAGUUUGCUCCUCCAGUCUUUCCACACUUUUCAUUGUCCAUGUGCACUCUUGGCGUGGCUUGUUAGGUAAAGCGAAUACCUCAGGAAAACAAACACAAAGUUUGAGUUUAGAAUUGCAGAUAGGGAACUUAUUUUUCUAAACUGCUUGUUUUAAAUAGUCCGGGAAGGUAGACGAUAUAAAAGUUAACUGUCAAAGACUGAAUAAUCCAUUAACGAACGGCUACUUUUUUAUACUUGUCAGGCUUUAACCACAAGCAUAACAUAGCAAUGUAUUGGAAUAUGUUUGAGGUGGCUUUUUUGUUGAUUUUCAGAUACCUAGCUAAAUGCUACACUAAAACUCAGGGGGCGUCAUCUAAAGCCAGCUGAAGACAAUGGUAAGACUCCCAUUGAUUUCAAUGGGCUUUGGAUCAGGUCCAUAGCACUCAAGAAUUUACUUUGUCCUUAUAUUGGCCUAUCAUGGCUUCUCUCUCUAUUGACCUGAAACUUCAGCUAUCCAUUUGUCUCUAAAUAUCUUUUAAAGAAACCAUCACAGAAGUCCCGUACCUGACUAGUGAUCAUGGUUGUUUUGUUUUGUUUUAAAGAACUGUGUAGAUUUUGUGGCCAGUUCCUCCUCAUGCCCUUGCAAGUAGCUCUGUCCAUCCCUUUCUGUAUAUUGUGCUGUGCUAGCCAGUAAGCAGGUAACAUAUCUGAAUCUGCAUACUUUAUGUUUUUUGUUUGUUAACUUGUUCAUUGUUUAUCAGGCACAAAGUUUUGCAAAUAGGUCUUGCUGGCCAUUUCCACAUUUCUAUUUGCACUGCAGUAGAACGUGUGUGUCUGGAAAAAAAUUUCGACUAUGAAGAACAUUUACAAAGUAAACCUUGUGCAGGGGAAGCCUAGAGUAUGAUUUACAAUCGCAAACCUUGCAUACUGAGUGGACCAAACAAGAUGAUGUCUCCCUUAAAACUAAUCUCCUUUGAAGCUGCAGUGAAAAGAUUAGAAAAUCUAUGAAGUGUAACCAUAGCUCUGUGUUCACACUUCCCAUUUACUACAACGUGCAGCAGGCAUCUAUGAUUUAAAAAGAACUAUGAUCCUAAGUUAUGAGAGUCCAAGGCAUCUUACUGCUGGACAGCAAAAAUAAAACACAAAACUCAUUCAGCUUAAUAUCCUUUAACAAAACUACCAUUUCUUUACUCGCAGUACAAAGGCUUGCUAAGCAUUGCCAAGAAAUUUGUCUUUUGUGGCUCUCAACAAUCUAGUGCCUCUGUGUCAGAGUGUUUCAUGAUGGUGUGUACAUUGAUCAAGCUAUUAUACCUAGAAUUUAUCAUCGGAUUAAUGCCUGUUUUCAGAGCUUUGACCAUUUUUAUUGUUUAUUGCUAGUUAUUAUUUUACAGCUUAAUAUGCUUUAUUGCUGUAUGUUUUUUGGGUUUUUUUUUUGUGAUUCUAACUUUAUGGCUUUCAGGAUCACAUUUUUCAACAAGUCUGUCUGGAUUUUUGUCCAUUUUGUUUCAAGUUAUUCCGAAAUAUGUACAGCACUAUCCACAAUAUUUAAUCCUUCAUUUAAAUUUUAUUGUUGUAAAAACAGGUCUAUUAAAAGAAAAAGUCUUUUUACAACUGUAUUGGAACUUCUCAGUAGCUGUUUAUGUGAAGCUGUGACAAACCUGGCUUGCUUUAAAGACUUUUUUAUUUUCCUUUAACACAAUCAACCUGUUGCUUAUUUUCCAACAUAACUCCCAGUUAUAUACAGGAGAAGAAGAUUUCAUCUGUUGUGUAUCUGCCUCUUUUAAUUGAGCAAAUGGUGAUGUCCUAGUUUUUAGACCUAAGGUCUGUUAUUGCAAUACUUUUAAAGAAAGAUGUUGCUCUAAUUGCUGUUGUUAGUUUUAAAUACAGAUUUUAUGCUUGUUCUUAAUAUGCUCUGGUCAAACCAUAGCACAAAAUUAUUAAAAAUCAUGAAAUAACA